AUACUCUAUGGUUACUCCAUAAAUAAUCAAAUUCAAUAAUAUUGGUACUACCAAAGAUGCCUUUAUAUUGUUACCCCUUGUGUGCAAACUUGCCAUAUACCUUGAAACAUGACACAUUCACACACACCCUUGUAGAGCCUUCAUCAACUUCUUCCUUAUUGUCCUUCCUCCAUCAUAAACACCCUCACAAUCUAUCUAGGCACCUCAGUUUUGCGUCAAAAUUCGACGAAAUUUACUCUUCUCAUGCCAUGGAGGAGGACAGGAAAAUGUUUGGUCUUGUCUCAUCUGAACAAGAGGAAUGUUAUUCUAAGGAGUUGGGUGUUGCUGUUAGAGCAGUGCACAUGGCAUGCUGCCUCUCUCACAAGCUGGAUUAUAAUUCUACACAUGAUUAUGAAAUUGCAGAUUGGAGUGUCCAAGCAAUUGUGAGUUGGAUAUUCUCCCGGUGUUUAGGGAAUGAAAACUUCUCAAUUCUAGUCAAAGAUGAUGUCAAAACUCUCACCAAAACUGAUGCAUCUGGUUUGUUAGAAUCUGUUGUCAAAACAGUUGACGAAAUUCUAGCUGAAUCGCCUCGAUUUGGAAUCCAAGAAACAAAAUCACCUCUUGGAACUUCAGAGAUUAUUGACAUGAUCAAAAGUCACUGCAACAACUCCGUUGGGGGUCUGUCUGGAAAAUUCUGGACACUUAGUCCUGGUGAUCAGCAUGCUGUAGCUCUAUCACUCAUAGAGGAUGGAGAAGUGGUUCUUGGAGUUCUUGGUUGUCCUAACUACCCUAUAAAAAAGGAAUGGUCUAGUUAUCCUUACAGCUAUCUUAGGAUCAUGUCUAAGUUGGCUCCUCCAACACAUGAAUCUUGGAACAAAGGGUGUGUGGUUUAUGCCAAAAGAGGAAGUGGCAAGGCUUGGAAGCAACCACUUCUUCUCCAUGCUCAUGACAAGUUUGUGUGGCCAAACCAUGCAAAGCAAGUUUGUUUCUCUUCCAUUGAGGAUCCUUCAUUGGCCACUUUCUGUGAAACAGUUGAGAAAGCUAAUCCAAUAAGUCACUCUUUUACUCAAGGACUAGCUCACACUGUUGGUCUCAGGAAGCAACCAUUAAAAGUAUAUAGCAUGGCAAAAUAUGCAGCAAUUGCUCAUGGGGAUGCUGAGGCUUUCAUGAAGUUUGCAAAGGCAGGUUACAAGGAAAGAAUAUGGGACCAUGCUGCUGGUUUUAUCAUCAUGCAGGAGGCAGGUGGCAUGGUAACAGAUGCUAGAGGGAGUCCCCUAAACUUCUCAAAAGGAUUAGAUAUAGAAGGCAUUGAUCGUGGUAUAGUUGCUUCUUGUGGAGCCACAUUGCAUGAGAAGAUCAUUGAUGCUAUUGAUGCUAGCUGGACCUCCUCUUGCCUUUAAAAGACUGUUUUUUUUUUUAUAUGCAUGCAUGUUGUGACUUGUGAUCAUGUGAAUAAUAUUAUUAAUCUUUUGUUUUCUGUUAAUUAUAUGCAGUUCCUUAUAGUAGA